CCUCCGGCGGACUCGAACGCCACGGGCAACCGCAGCAAGCACGCCCCGCCGGAGCUGAGCCGGGCCGUGCCGGUGGGCAUGCUGCUGGCCUCGUUCAUCGCCUUCGCCAUCGUGGGCAACCUGCUGGUCAUCCUGUCGGUGGUGUGCAACCGCCACCUGCGCACCCCCACCAACUACUUCAUCAUCAACCUGGCCAUCGCAGACCUGCUGCUCAGCACCACCGUGCUGCCGGUGUCCGCCACGCUCGAGAUUCUGGACUACUGGGUCUUCGGACGCAUCUUCUGCGACAUUUGGGCGGCGGUGGACGUCCUGUGCUGCACGGCGUCCAUCAUGUCGCUGUGCGUCAUCUCCAUCGACCGCUACAUCGGUGUGCGCUACCCGCUGCAGUAUCCGGUCAUCGUGACGGAGCGGCGCGCGCUGCUCGCCAUGCUGGCCGUCUGGAUCCUGGCCAUCGUUAUCUCCAUCGGACCGCUCCUCGGAUGGAAGCAGCCGCCAUCGCAGGACGACACCGAGUGCGUGAUCACCGAGGAGCCAUUCUACGCCCUCUUCUCCUCGCUGGGCUCCUUCUACAUCCCGCUGGCCGUCAUCCUGGCUAUGUAUUGUCGCGUCUAUGUGGUAGCAAAGCGCACCACCAAGAACCUGGAGGCCGGCGUGAUGAAGGAGCGGCAGCAGGACUCCAACGAGCUCACACUGAGGAUCCAUUGCCGCAAUCAACAGAUCCAGGACCUGUGCGCCGCCUCCAAGGGCGGCGGCGCGAGCUCGGCCGGGCGCUGCACGCUGACCGUCAAGCUGCUCAAGUUCUCCAGGGAGAAGAAAGCUGCCAAGACGCUGGGCGUGGUGGUGGGCAUGUUCAUCCUGUGCUGGCUGCCCUUCUUCCUGGCUCUUCCCAUCAGUUCUUUUAACAGAAAUUUGCGCCCACCCGAAACCUUCUUCAAGGUGAUUUUCUGGCUGGGCUACUUCAACAGCUGCCUGAACCCCAUCAUUUACCCCUGCUACAGUCGUGAGUUUAAGCAGGCCUUCAUCCGGAUCCUCCGCUGCCGUUGGAAACGGAAGCGCCAGGGCUGGCAGGCGUACUACAACUACCGCUCCCAGCAGGGAUCCAACAACUCGUCCUACCUGAACGGCAGCCAGCAGACGCUGUCCUCCAUCAGCCACAGCCCGCGAUGCGUCGCCCCCAAGCUGCAACCGCCACCUUGGUCGUCGUCCUCCAACAAGGCCGGGCGGAACCUCCUGCCGGGGUCGGGCGUACCGGGACCCCGGCUGGGUCCGGCGUCGCCGCUCGCCAAGGCAGCUGGCGGGCGAGACAGGAAUGUGAAAAGGCAGUAAAAGAGAGAAAUUGGACAGUACGGUACAAAUAUUCAGACUCAUACGGAGAGAGCUGUGGCCACUUUGGGUGUGAAACAACAAAAUGGAGGAACAAAACGGGUUACAUCGUUGGUUGGCCACCGAUCGUGUGCUUCAAAACUGAUUCGAUUGACCUUCCGUCGCACAAGCGUGUUGUGUUUUGUGAUCAUAUUUAUUAACAGGCACGUGGCAGCGUGGCCACCAAGCGGGCCUGAAGGCCGUGAGUUCGAUGUCCAGUAGACAUUUUCUUCGAUAUGCUAGUGGUCACCACGUCUGCCUCACAAUUCUGAGGUUCUGGGUUUGACACUCGACUGUGGCCUUCCCGUGUUGAGUUUGCAUGUUCUCCCUGCGCUUGAGUGUUUUUGUUUUUUUUUUAAGCUGCGAUAGGUCCCAGCUUUCCGCUUUUGAGGACAAGUGCUUUUGAAAGCUACUGCGUAUGGAUGACUGGUUUGACAUUUUACAAGUUCCUACCUUGAGGCUUGGAGAAGCACAUUCGCCAUUUAUUACGCUACCUGUUUUAUGGGAGGCCCUUGACUAUUAAACACUUCAAAAGUGCCGAUCACUAGGAUUUUUUUUUUCUUUUUUACAGCAACUCUUCUUCUCAACCUUCUUGUUUUAUCUCCCACAAUCCAGAAACUGUUUUUUAAAGAGGUCUGUGAUGACCUGGCUUCGUCCGCACACAAUGGGGGGGGAAUAAAAAAUGCAUGGUGGAUUGAUGAAUGGCUUGAUGAACCACUCAAGAUGUGACUGAAGAGGACUAAAGGCUCACGCUGUCUAAAGACUGUGGUGGUCCUGUGGUUGUUUGAUGACAAUAUAAACCUGUAUACCGUCUAGUUUGGGUUGUCUUGAAACUGUGAAACGCAUUUAUUUGAUCAGUUUUGCUUUUGGCAUGACUGCAGUCAUUUUGACUCACUUGAAUGUUGAUUUUCUUUCUUGCACACAAACAUCUUAGCUCCUUCCCUUUCCAACUUGCCGUCCACUUGCAAAAAGAAUACACGUCUUAGUUCAGCUUCGUGUAGAAGCAAAACUAAUUUUCCCAGGAAGACAUUAUUUUGCAUUUUUUUUUUUUGUGUCCGACAUAGCCCCAGUUUAUCCUCCUUCCACGUAUAAUAAAGUCUUAAACGCCUGGAGUGGAUUCUUCGAUUAUUCCUCACAGUACAUCAAGUCUACCCAUUCAAGGUGCAGAUGCCAUGUCGAAACAAAUCGUUAGGAAGAAUUCAACAUCCCGCUGUGUCUUUACCGUGGUCGUAUUGUGCUCCUGACAGAAAGCAGAUGAUCGUUAUAAAAUGGCAUUUUG